UUGGUCGAGGAUUUACCGUUCUUAUUCUUUGGGUACACGCUUUCGAUUAAAUUUCUAUUCAGUAUUAGUCUGACGUCUAUGCGGAAAAGUCACAGUGGGCGACACAUUCAUUGUAGAAAUGGCUCCAAAUAGAAAAAUUCUGACGCUUAAACAAAAAAUUGAGAUUGUUGAAGUUUACAAUAAGGAGAAGUUAAGUGUAAGGAACUUAUCCAAGCGUUUUAAUAUUGGAAAAACACAAGCUGCAGAUAUAAUUAAACAUAAAGAAAUUCUUCUAAAGAAAUGGAUGUCGAACAGCAAUUUAAAUGAAAAAAGAAGCUUUUUGACGGGUGAUGACAAAAUUGACAAAUUGUGUUAUGACUGGUUUAUAGCAGCUCGCCAUAAGGGCAUUCCUUUGACAGGUCCGCUAAUACGAUGCAAAGCAAAAAAACUAGCCGAUUCUUUGGGACAUUUUACAUUCAGUGCUUCUUCUGGUUGGCUCAAUAAAUUUAGAAUUCGCCACAAUAUAAGUUUUAAAGCGAUUUCGGGAGAAGGAGCUUCGGUUAAUGCUGAAGAUGUUUCAUCGUUUUUGGAAAAAUGUCCUUCUUUGAUUAAGGGAUAUUCACCGAGAGACAUCUAUAAUGCCGAUGAGACAGGCCUGUAUUUUAGGGCUCUACCCGACAAAACGCUCACAUUAAAGAAGGAAAAAUGUGUUGGGGAUAAGUAUCCCAAAGAGAGGUUUACAAUUUUGCAUUGUGUAAAUAUGGCGGGUGAAAAAGAAAAACUCCUAGUCAUUGGUAAGGCAGCUAAACCCAGAGCUUUUAAAAACAUUAACAUAAAUGACCUGCCUGUAACUUGGAAAUGCAAUAAGAAAGCUUGGAUGACAGGACAAAUUAUGACAGAGUGGUUGCAAGACCUAGAUUGGAAAAUGGCUAAAGAAAAAAGAAACAUUAUGUUAUUUUUAGACAAUGCGGGAUCUCAUCCAAAAGACAUCCUCUUAAAUAAUAUAAAAAUCUUAUUUUUGCCCCCUAAUUGUACAUCAGCUUGUCAACCACUUGACCAAGGGAUUAUAAAGAGUUUUAAAACUUAUUACCGAAGUCUAAUACUCAAACACCUGCUAGUAAACAUUGAAACUGCUGGUACAGCUUUUGAGUUAAUAAAGAAAAUUACGUCAUUGGAUGCAAUUUAUUUGGCAAAAACCGCUUGGGAUUAA